CCCAAUUUUUCAAUCGGUUCCGCGCAAUUGAGCAUGCAGUGGCUCUCGCCUUCUCUUCCCGGGCUUUCUUGUUGUCCCGCUCAAAAACCAAAAUCGAUCGAGAAAUUCUAGGGUUUCCUUGCAGAUAAUAAUGGGGACUCUGCAUGAUCUGAUAGAAGAAGCCAAGCUUCGAACCGUAUGGUGGGCUCUAUGUAUAUUCUCAGUGUGCUACUUCCUGACGCACACUAGUAAAUCGAUGUGGAUGAAUUUCCCAAUUGCUGUUUUGUUAGUGUCUGUGUUAAGGAUGGUAUUGAAUGAGGUGGAGUUUCAUUGGAAACAUCAAAAUGUUAGGCGGCAGACGUACUUGUCACAUUUGGAAAAGAAACAGCUAUCGGUGAAUGAUUCCCGUCUUUCUACAUCACUGCCUCCACCAAAAUGGAAGAGGAAAUUUGAUGCCCCUCUUGUGGAAGCUGCCACAGAGGAAUUUGUGAACAAGCUCUUACAUGAUUUUGUAAAAGAUUUGUGGUAUUCUGAUAUUACGCCGGACAAGGAAGCACCUGACCUAAUACAUGAUGUAAUUAUGGAUGCCUUAGCUGAAAUAUCUCAAAGAGUCAAAGAAAUAAACAUUGUUGACCUGUUGACAAGGGAUAUAGUGGACCUGAUAGGAGACCAUUUGGACCUUUUCCGUAGAAGCCAAGCUGCAAUUGGCAGGGACAUAAUGGGGACACUUUCGUCUGAAGAGAGGGAUGAGAGAUUGAAACAGCAUUUAUCAGCCUCUAAAGAACUCCACCCAGCUCUGAUAUCUGCAGAGUGUGAAUACAAGGUUCUUCAGCGUCUUGUGAGCGGAAUCCUAGCUAUAGUGCUAAGACCAAAAGAAGCCCAAUGCCCUCUGGUUCGCUGCAUUGCUCGAGAAAUUGUUGUUUGUUUGGUAAUUCAACCUAUAAUGAAUUUUGCAAGUCCAUGGUACAUCAAUGAGUUGAUUGAAUAUAUAUUUUCUGCAAUUAAGGAUUUUAUCAAAGAUAUAUCUACAAAUAUGGAGGGUCAUGACCAUGAUCAUGCUGCUCCUGCAGAAAAUAUACAUAGCAGUGAUUUUUCCUUCACAAGAACUGCAUCUGAUGUUUCUGGAAACUCCAUGUCUAAUCAAAUUCUUCAAGAGGAGCCAAUCCAUCCACGACCUGCGGAAUGGGUUCGUGCCUUCGAAGCAGCAAAUCUGAAAAGAACGGAAGUUCUAAUGCCUGAAAACCUUGAGAAUAUGUGGGCUAUAGGGAAAAACUAUAAGAAAAAAUUCAGGAAGUAUGCUUCUAUUGACUCUCAAGAUCCACAAGAAUUUGGUGGUGUUAUUAAUGAUUCACAAAUUAUAGCCAAGGAAAUAGCAACUCAGAAGCCCGAAAUAUUUUUGGGAAAGGAAGAUAAGGCUCUGGAAGCUGAAGACGCUGCUUCCAUUACAACCCCUGAGAGUAAAACUAAGUUUAAGAGAUCAAAUAGCACAUUCGAUUUGAAUACCCAACUAGAGAUGGAAGAUAUGUUGGCUAGUAAAGGUGGACAAUAUAAGUCAAAAUGCAAUAAUGCUGAGGUUGGGAGGAAUGCUAGUGCAUCAGAAAUGAUAUUACACCGGGACAUACAUCUAGUUCCAAAGCUCAAAUGCCGGGUUUUAGGGGCAUAUUUUGAGAAACUGGGGUCACAAUCUUUCGCAGUUUACUCAGUUGCUGUGACAGAUGCUGAUAAUAACACUUGGUUCGUGAAGAGAAGAUACAGGAACUUUGAGAGAUUGCACCGACACCUAAAGGACAUUCCAAAUUACAUAUUACAUUUGCCCCCUAAAAGAAUUUUUUCUUCAAGCACAGAAGAUGCUUUUGUUCACCAGCGAUGUAUCUUGCUUGACAAGUACUUACAGGAUCUCUUGUCCAUUGCUAAUGUUGCUGAGCAACAUGAAGUGUGGGAUUUUCUAAGUACUAAUUCAAAGAGCUAUUCCUUUGGAAAGCCAUCUUCAGUGAUGAGAACUUUGGCAGUUAAAGUGGACGAUGCUGUGGAUGAUAUAUUUCGCCAAUUUAAAGGAGUCUCUGAUGGUUUAGUUCAGAAAGCUGUUGGUUCCCCCACUACAUCUUAUACUGCACUUUCGGGCAAAAAAAUGUCCUGGAAUGAUGAUGACAUUAAUAAACUUGCAUUGAGGCAAAACAGUUCAGAGCUGCUAAACAGUUCAUCUGACGGAGGUUUCAGUCCACAAGCCAAUGGGUGGCAUUCAGACAAUGAAGCCAACCCAAGGGAGUUCCCUCAUCAAGCCAUAAACCAUGGUGAGGAUUUCAAAGGCUUCGGGUCUAACACCAAGAGCAGUUCAGGACCACAUUAUGAGGUUGUUGGUACUAGUGGAUGUCCUGAAGCAAAUUUUGCCACUCUCUCGGGUCAACAGGAGGCCCCAAUUGAUGUGCCACCAGAGUGGACACCUCCAAAUUUAAGUGUGCCUAUUCUCAAUUUAGUAGACAAUGUAUUUCAGCUCAAAAGAAGAGGAUGGUUAAGGAGACAAGUAUUUUGGAUAUCAAAGCAAAUAUUGCAGUUGAUGAUGGAAGACGCUAUUGAUGACUGGCUGUUAAUGCAAAUCCAUUGGCUUCGGCGGGAAGAUGUGAUUGCCCAAGGAAUACGUUGGAUCCAAGAUAUUCUCUGGCCAGAUGGAAUUUUCUUCCUGAAAACAACCACUCGUAGUGAAAGAAAUGAUGGUCAACCCUCUCAGCGAUAUGGGAAUCCCACAAGACAGUUUUCAAUGGGUUGGGCGUAUAAAGCUGGUUCUUUUGAGCAGCAGCUUGAGGCUGCUCGCAGGGCUAGUAGCGUAAAAAAGAUGCUUUUCAAUACUGCCCCAAGUGCUUUAGUCAGCUUGAUCGGCAAAAAACAGUACAAGCGUUGUGCUCGAGAUAUAUACUAUUUCCUUCAGUCUACUGUAUGCUUAAAGCAAGUGGCUUAUGCAAUCCUUGAACUUGUGCUAGUAUCAAUCUUUCCCGAGUUACGGGAUAUUGUGAAGGAUAUCCAUGAAAAGAUGCAUUCUCAACCUGCAUAAGGAUCAGAGUGUUAAGAAAACUCCUUUGAGUCUUCCCAAACAUCUCAAGAGAAGCUAUUCAAACAAAUGGCAGGGUAUCCUACUGAUUACCAGCAGCGUUUACCAGCCAACUCCUUAGAUCAGAAUAGGAUUUUUGAAACUGAAAUUUUUUUUCUCUUGGAUGUGAGAAAAGAGUUUUCCUUACCUUCUUACAUCUUGUGUACACUGUAAAUAACAGAACCAAAUCAGAGCAUGUAUUACAUGUAUAUAUACAAUGCAUUCUUUUCUAGUAUAUUCUUUUUAGAGUCCGCGUGGCAAUGGUUAUCUGGAUUUGGCUGGAAGGAAACACGUUUGAUGCCAUCUCGGAACACAUGGAAGAGCUUUGCAUCCU